GCAUUUCACACGUCUGUCGGGGAAAAUCUCUCCGGCUUUGCCUGAAAACUCAACAAAACUCUAACCGAAAUAGCAGCAUCAGCAAUCCCCCUGCUUGGAAAAUGUCACGAAAUCAGCUAAAUCAUAAUAAGGAAUGUCAGCCCAAUCAUAAUAAGGAGUGUUCUAGCGAUGAGUUUGAGAGGCCCAGCAAGACCCUGGUUCUCAUCAUCUUUACGGUGGCCGUCAUCAUGAAACUGGGCAUCAUUCUGGCGGAGAUAUUGGUCUGAGUUUGAGGGAAUUACCUGGAAUGAGACAAGAAGAAAAGAAGGUCUUAAUUAGUUGCUCUUCUAUUCAAGUCUUAUAUUUUAUAUUGUUCGAAAGGAGUGUAAAUGGAGAUUGGUGAUUGGCGAUAAAAUGGGUGAAGUGACUGCA